AUGGCAGCCUCACGAUACACAGCCCUCGGCACGACCGAAAGCUCCCAGCAGCUCCCUCUCAACAAACCACCCCGCUGGAACGGCAGCUGGAAAUACUGCCUCAUCGCCCUCGGCGGACUAGCCUACAUCUAUCCCUUCAUAUUCACCGCGCAGCAUGCGUUCUCGGAGCGCGUCCCCAACGAAUACGCCCAAGUCAGCUCGUUCCGCACCGUCUGGAAACCAUUCACCUGGAACACAGCAUACAGUCCCCAAAACCACAGCGACGCCGACUCGCUCUGGGCCGCCAUCAACCCAGCCCACGGCAUCAUCUCCGUAGACCGCGACUGGGCAGAGGAGAACCACUGGCCCGACUCGAUGCCCAUGCCAGAUGACGACUCCAAAAGCGUCUAUCUCCUAGAGGCAUACCACCAACUGCACUGCCUUCAAAUGCUCCGCCUCACCUUCUGGGAAGCCGUCGAAGGCCGACCAUAUACCCACCAGCCGUCGAAUCACAUGGAGCACUGCUUCGACUACUUGCGCCAAAUCGUGCAAUGCAACGCUGACAACACGCCCCUGUACACCUUUGGCGAGUUCCAGGCCGGCGACGGCCAGCUGCACCGCUGCAGAGACUGGGGCCAGUUGCACGACUACGCGACGGAGCAUUCCGCGUGCUAUCGCGACAGCGUGCACGGGAUUCCGCUGAAGGAGCACUUUGGGUUCUGUGAGAGUGCGAGUCGGGAUGGGUUGGAGGGGACCUCUUAG